GGGUCCAACUGGAACGCCGGAAGGGGCGAGACGGGAAGGCGGGGCGUGCACGCCUUUUCCGCCCUGGGCCCGGAAGGGUGAUGUGGCUCGGGCUUCACCAGCCUCACUAUGUCUGCCAUUUUCAAUUUUCAGAGUCUGUUGACUGUGAUCUUGCUGCUCAUAUGUACCUGUGCUUACAUCCGGUCCUUGGCACCCAGUCUCCUGGACAGAAACAAAACUGGAUUGUUGGGUAUAUUUUGGAAGUGCGCCAGAAUUGGUGAACGGAAGAGUCCUUAUGUUGCAGUGUGCUGUAUAGUGAUGGCCUUCAGCAUCCUCUUCACACAGUAGCUUAGAAGAAUGCCUGAAUUUAAUUCCCAUUGGAUUUCAACAUAAAAAAGGGGACUUAUCUGCAGAAAAUAGUGGAAAGAAUAGUUAACUUUAUCUCUGAACAUUGAAUGAGAUAAAUUUCCAGCUGCUGUUUGCUGUUUUGUUAUUGGACCAAUGAUUGUAUAAUUAGGGUAUAACCAUUUAGUACUCAAAGAGUUUGUAACAAUCAAUCUCAGUACUGUCACUACAAUAUUACAUUCUGCGAUUGUCAUUUUGUUGUGUCCAAUACCAGUUUUUAAUGAGGUAUCUCUAAGGCACAUAGUAGAAAAAAUUGGUAAAUUAUUCAAGUCCCUUUCACUGUGAUUUGGAAGUGAUGUAUCUAUAGAAUGAGAUCAUAUAUUGGACUAGUUUUUUUUAUUGCGGAAAAGGGGUUCAAUUUUUGUUGAUAAAGAUUACAUUCAUGUUUAAUAGUACUUACUUUACCUCUGGCCACUCCAUUUUGAGCAUUAACCAGAGUACCUCUACUCUUAACAAAUUCUGUAGUUUAUUGCAAGUUUUUUAACUAUUUAAAACAAGCCUGUGCAGUUCUAAACAGGAAGAUAAAUGAGAUGUGACUUGAGUAGUAUUGGCAAAAUGUUCAUAUUUAACUUAUAAAGGGGUUUAGAAGAGCCGACUGGUGUGGUUAGUGUCUGUAGCCUCUGGUUAAGUAUGGAUAAAUGUCUUAAGCAUCAGUUUGACCAGCUAACUGUCAUCAUUCUCUAAAUAAAAUUACAUUCUUAAGUGAAAAGAGCAAAACAGAACAAUUACAAAAUAAUAAUCCUAUGUGGGGUUUUUUUUUCAUGUUUUAAUUACCAUAAAAUGCAAACUGUAUUUUUGUUGUUUUUUAAUAUAGCACUUUGAAUCUAGCAUAUGUUUUGUCUGUCAACUUGAACUGGAAUGUCUUAUGUAAUUUAGUAAGUGAUAUUUGAUAAAUAGUUUUUAAACCUAUUGAUCCAUGCAUAAUGGCAUACGUGUCUUUGAGCUCUGUUAAUAAAGGAGGACCCUCAGUAAGGCAAGAGGAACAUUGGGAGUAUAGCAUAAAUUUCACUGUAGAGCAGUUUAUAAGUUUAUGAUUCACAUUUCUUAAGAUUCAACCAAAAUUAAAUGAAAAUUUCAAAGCUAAGAAGAACUUAAAUAUCUUAGCUAAAAAAUGCCCUUACUACAGGGUCUGGCAGAAGUAACACCUACUUGAGUGUGGUUGGUAGGGUAAUAAUAUGGGUGUAAUAAUUUAUAGUUUUAAUUUGAACAUUUAAAAUGUCAUAUGGUAUGCUUGAGUGUGAUAUAAUCAUGCUACAGAAUUACAUGCCUAUGAUUUUGUAAUAAAAAAGGGUGUUAUUUGUGCUAGACCUUUUAUAUAGUAUUAAUUAGAUAUUAUUCUCAGUUGUUAGUUCCCUAUAAGGUAAAAAGGAGAAAAACAGUUUUUUGUGUUUUUUUAAAGAAUUAUUUAAAGAAUCUGCUGGUAGCUCUUUCCUCAGAAACAAAGUAUAGAACUGAAAGCCACCAAUUUUUAAAAAUUAAACUACUGGGAAAGAAUUAUAGGAAACAUUUGAGAAUGGCUUGGUAUGCAUUUCCUGGGGUGGGGGGGUUAUUUGGUUUGUUUUGUUUUUAAAGGAUAAAAACUGUUGUAAACAAUAGAUAAAAUUAUUUAUAUUACAUUUUUGGCUUAAGCUGGUUAAAAGUGGUACAUUUUACUUUAGACACGGAAUCAAGCUAUGAUAAUUUCUCCUACUCUAAACUGUCUCUUGGGCUUUGUGUUAGGUCAAGGAUUUUCAGGGUAUCCCCAAAAUAGUACUCCCUUAUCAGCAUAUACAUGCAAAGGAAGUCACCUUUCUGGGCCUAGUUUCUUAGUGGCCAUCUGUUGUCCAGCUCUGCUGCCAACUAGACUUUCAAAAAACUGUGACAACUAACUUUACAUGCUACAUGAAUCUAAUAUUUCAAAAAAUGAAUAUUCUAAAUAAUUCUAAGACAUUAAUAUGGCAUUUUGGAGGAUGUAGAUGGAAGAUAGAGGAUGAAAACAUUUAUUUGGAAAAUUGGUGGUAGUAUAUAAAAGUUUGUACUCUAGAGAUUCUGAAUAGAGUGGGAGGUAGCUUAUUUCUGACAUCAGCCUUUCUGACCUUUUGAAACACAGGUUCUUUCGGAGGUGGGAGAAAGAUAGUAUUCUAUGAAUAAAAGCAGUUAGCAUUUUCUUUAUUGUUUUCUAAGAGCUACCACUGAAUCCUGUUGUAAAACCCAAAGGGCAGUGUAGAUAGUUUUAAUCCCAGGGAAUAUUCAGAUCCUCCCUUUGUCAAGGUCUUGAUGGGGUGGUAGAAUGCAGAGGAGGGUUAAGGAUAGAUUUAAGCUUCAGGUGGACUUCCUGUGUCAGGUAGUUUUAUUGAGGGAUAAUGGGCUCUGAGGUCCGCAGUUUCGUAGGUUCCGAUACUCUGCCUAACCUUCCUGGCUCCAGAGUCUUUUGAUUUCCUUCCUGGCUCCAGAGUCUUUUGAUUUCGUCUCUCCUGCAAUUUGUUUUGCACUGAUACUUCUUGGUUGGCCUCACCUGUGCCAGUGGCUGAGCAUAUCUUCUUUCUAAGCAGUCUUAAAAUUUGGUCAAUCAAAAAGCUACAUACAUAGUGUGUUAAAUUCUCUCUGUGGCUUUAAAAAAGUUCAGAAUGAAGUCAGAUGUCUUAAUGCCUGUGCUGCUGUGCCAGGCACUGUCCUGAACGCUCUUACAUGUUCAACUUCAGAAUAGCUCUUUUAUGCUACGGAUAACCAAGUUUACAAAGUCAAAAAUGAACUGAUCUUUGACUAGUUUUGUGAAAAGACCUAGGACUUCUAAGUAGAAUAUUUAUAUUUCAGUAUUCUUUUAAGAAGCAUUUAUAGAGUGCAUAUGAUAUAUUAUCACUGAAGAUAAGUAUAAAGUUUCUCCCCUCUGUAAGUCAUAAAGUGUAGUGGUGGGUGAGAGAGAUGAAGUUACUUACAUGACGUGCUAUGUCAUAGCGUUUACUAUUGAGAUAAUGCCUGCCAGCAUUCUCACAGAAAAUAGAUGGGUGACAACUCAGUCAGGGACAUGAACUUCUUGCCAAAGAAGCAACGUUGAAGCUGAAUUUAAGAACAGUAUGCAAAACACCAGUGAUACACCACAGACUGCAAGGACCUAGCUUAUGCCACUUGGGAAUUAGUAAAACAAGCCCAGAAAGGUGGGCAGAGGUUUCAUUCUAGAGCAUCUGCAGUUAAUUCUAGGGUCUCUCUUAGUCACUCCUAGUCACUCAUACUCCCAUCAAUGCAAAAGCAGCCGUGAUUGUUAAAGCACCAUCAGCAUGAAGAACAAACAUGGUUGCAUUGUCUACAUUUCCUGGGUGUACAGAAAAGAUUUCCAAUAAACAAACAACGUCAUGCUCUUUUCAAAGCCUUUGAGAAGUUACUGCAUCAUAGGAAGCUAAAAACAAGAAUGGAAGAUUCUUAAGGACCACUCUUUGGUAUCCAAUAACAGGUGUUCAGAAUGUAAGUAGCUGAGCACAGCAAAUCCUUGAUUAACGAUGUUGCAAUGCCUUAGAAGCUUAACUCAUUUAUAUUGAUUAGCCUUUGGCGAAAUUGGUUUUGUUUCAUUGAAGGUCAUGGAACCUAUUGACAACAUCAAGUGAGGACUUUAUUAUCAUAGUAUUGUGAAUACUGCAAGCCUGUUCUCAAUAACAAUUAGCAAGUCACUAGCUUCCAAAAAUAGUUUGAUAAUUAUGUAAUUUACAUACUGCCGGCCAAGGUUUCUUUUACUUUACCCUAAAUUAAUCUGAAAAUUAUCUGAAAUGCUGCUCCACAAUCAGAAACAGGGGCAGGGGGGAUAUAUAUUUCCUGUCAUUUUAAGAAUACACAGAAUCAUCCUCUGGUUAAUCCACAUGCCUGUGGUAUAUAAUAAAAGUCAAAAUGAAUUCUCAA